GUACACACAAAAAACAGCGACGUGAAAAUCCAUCCGUGGGUGAAAACCGUCAGACACGCACCAUAGCUAUCCACACACACCACGUGAAGACGAUCGGCCACCCGCACGAAGGCCGCCCACUAAGCUCUCCUCUGAACCCCCCCUCUCUACACAGGUCGACAGCCGACUGAUCGUCACCAUGGAUGGCCACCAGCCUCAUCUCGGCAUAUCCCAUCCGCUUGUCCCGCAGCACCCAUUCCUGCACCUCUGGCGGCACAGUGAGGUGCCGCACCUCCCCCGCAGACAUGAGCAGCACCGCCUCCCUCUGCCAGUCGCACAGCAGCCCGUCGCUCACGGCACACGUCACGCCAUGGCACUCCACCGUCUUGAUGCCGCCGUGAAUUUUGUCCUCCCACAUGGUGAGGUCGAAGGUCACUCGGUCGUUGGCGGUCGGCUGGCGGCCGGCGCCCUGCUGCACAACCUGGUGCUGCACGCCGAGGUCCGUCACCUCGAUGGUUUCUUUCGGUCUCAUCGCCGCCACUGCUGCUGCUGCUGCUGCUGCUACAGGUGAAGGUGAGGAUGAAGUCACGCGCUGGCGGUGGGGCACCGACUCACCGCUGACAAUACACACACGCACACACAGAGAGAGAGAGAGAGAGGAUACAGAUGUAUGUGGAUGUGUUUGCUGCGGUCACCUGGCCUCGCGAGGGAUCUUCGGCGCGUCACCACUGACAGCGACAAUAAAACUGUUACACACACAUGUGUACACUCACUUGACCGGCUCUCCCCUUCUCUGCGCAUCUUGUGAAACAUACCAUUCUUGGUUGGGCUGGUGGCUGCUGCUGUUCUUGGGGGCACCAAAGCACAGCUUGAUCUGCGGAUGAAAGGCGGGCAAGAUGGCCCGGCGCUCCCCCUGCACGUCCAUCUCAUAGCCUCCGUGGCCGUCCUCAUACACAAAAUGACCAUCGAAGAGGCCGACAGCGCGGUCGCUCAUCGUCAAACUGCAGUCAGGCAGAGAAAGUAUUGGCCUCCGUCACUCCUGAGUCUUUUUUGCUUUCUCCUGUGCGCUAUUUCACCUGGUUCACAUGACGCACUGGUAGAGGGGAUGCCUGCUUGUUCCGCCCCUGCC